GUCCAAUCGAAGACGAUGGGAUUAGGACCAAGACCUUCCCCAGUUUCUGUUUCUUCUACGGUGUCUGAACGCUUUGCCGCGUUGCGAAAUCGAAUCAAAGCCAAUAUGAAUCACAAAAACUCCAGCUCUAGCUCUACUGCAUCUGCAUCGAAAUAUGAGGAUAACCCGCC